UAGGGCCAGGGGCCGGGGGCCGAGUGCCGGGGGCGGGGCCGGGGGCGGCAGGAUUGCGGGCCUGGACUCUGGGCUCCCCGCGCGGGUGGCUCCGGGUCCAGACAGCAGAGGCGGCGCCAUGGGCUGCUGUUCCGGCCGCUGCACGCUCAUCGUCCUCUGCACUUUCCAGCUGGUCACUGCCCUGGAGCGCCAGGUGUUUGACUUCCUGGGCUACCAGUGGGCGCCCAUCUUGGCCACGUUCACCCACAUCGUCAUGGUCAUCCUGGGGCUCUUUGGCACCAUCCAGUACCGGCCUCGUUACAUCGUGCUGUAUGCUGUGUGGGCGGCCAUCUGGGUCACAUGGAACAUCUUCAUCAUCUGCUUCUACCUUGAAGUGGGGGGCCUCUCGAAGGACAGCGAGCUCCUGACCUUCAACCUCUCCCGGCACCGCUCCUGGUGGCGUGAGCAUGGCCCCGGCUGUCAACGAGAGGAGCCAGUGGCCGGCUUCCAGCCCUCCGGUGGCCAGGCCCUGGUGCCGGGCGUCAGCUGCGUUCUGGAGCACAGCUAUGUGGAAGCCCUGCACAGCGCCCUGCAGAUUCUGGUGGCUCUGGUGGCCUUCGUCUAUGCCUGCUACGUGGUCAGUGUUUUCACCGAGGAAGAAGACAGUUUUGAUUUCAUUGGUGGAUUUGAUCCAUUUCCUCUCUACCAUGUUACUGAAAAGCCUUCCAGCCUCUUGUUCAAGCAGGCGUACUUGCCUGCGUAAGUGAGGAAGCACCAGUCCUGCUCCUGCCUCCAGCCUCUGACCCAUGUGGAUGGCGAGGGGCUCCAGGCAGUGGGACUCACCGGGCCUCCCUGCUCCUGGGGCCUUGCAAGUGGCCAGAGCUCCUGCACCAGGUCAAGCAAGUGGACACCGGCUGGAGGAGCCAGCCAGCACCAGGCCAAGAUGGCUGCAACUUCAAAAGAGUUUGUAAUUGCAUUUUUCU